CCUAAUUUAAUUUAUUUACGGGAGGGAUAUCCAGAUAUUCCCUCCUUACUCACUAUAUGCAUGUAAAAUAUCACGCAAUUCAUAAUGGCUGGUCAAGCCUCUGGAGGAGAGGAUGGGUGGAUCUCGGAGGAGUCCAACUUUUGUGGGGAUGAGGAAACGCGGGAAGCACUUGAACAGCAGAUCCGGAAUUCCAAGCCAACGGAGUUCCUCGACGUUUUCAAACGAUACCCAAACAAUCUCGCUGCGAGAGUCACCUCUGAAAAUGAAAAUGACCAGAAAGCUGCGAGCGACGCAAAGCCGAACCAGUGGUUCGAAGGCGACAAAGCCCAUCGUCAGCCUAACGAGACGGUCAAGCGGUUCCUCAAGCGCAUGCCGCCGCUGACCACUGUUGGAUCGACUGUUCUCCCAUGGCUCUUCGUCGAUGGCCCCGACCCUCAUGUCGACGAGAGCACCGAAAGGGAUCUCGGAAAAUUCACCGAACUUGGCGUCGAGCUGCAGAAUCAGUUCAUGGAACAGAAGAGGAGAGCCGAGACAGCCGAUCCGAACCGGCCAAAGCAGACCAUCACCAAGAUGCUAAAGCCGGAUCGCGAUGCGUUGGUAGAAGGAAUCCGAGCCAUCGCGAAAGAAAAUGGCAUCCUAUUCGGCAAAUGGAUGCUCUUCCCGCCGCUGGAAGACCUCCCCCGCAUCUGGCGGAAGGUCUGCGAAGGCGUGAUUGCCGGGCAGCUGGGGCCGCAGGCAAAAGUCGCGACGGCGGACUUCGAAGGAGAUCCGAAGAUACGCGUCAUAUGUAUCUACACCAAAGACUUCGACAACCAGGAUGAUGUGCUGCGGGUGCUGCUCGGCCUGAAGGACUUGGGGAUCGUGUCGGAGACGGAUUCAAGGGGGAUUUACUACAAAGCAGACGCGUAUACCUACCUUGACAUCAAGUCGGACAACCCGUUCGGGAUUCGGGCAAGUAUGUACUCCAGUCGAGACGUGUUGAAGGCCAAGGAAUUGAAGCGGGGGAGAGCCGACACGAACGGGAUGGGAGGGAAAACGGGGAAGAAGCAGGUGACAUUGAGCCAGUUUAUGAAGUAAGAACUGAUGAGAAGUUCAUGACGGAUCAUAUCCCGGCGUUAGUACCAGUGGGUUUCAGUUCUAUACCGACGAGCGCCGUCUGCAGCGUUUCCAGUGUUGAGGUCGUAUAGAAAUUUACGCGUCUGUACAGCUUACCUGGAUCUUGCGUGCGUUGAUCGGGGUCGAUAAUGGCAAAGGCCUAAAAUUUGGGCAA